GCAGUUUAUGGACCCGAUACAGUUUCCAUUUCCACCGCACAACGAUGGUUUUAACGUUUUUGUUCUGGUGUAGAGAUGGUCGAAGAUGCGCCUUGCUCCGGAAGGCCUGUCGUCGAAAAUUGCGUUUAAAUCGCUGAAUUGGUCGAAAGAGACCGGCAUAGUAGUCAUCAAAGAAGCUCGAUGUAUGCAUGGGUGCCACACGAAUUGAUUCAAUAAAAAUACAAGACUUUUUUGACAACCUAAUAUAAUACUUAGAAUCAAACAUUUUUUCUUGAAGCCUUGACAAAUAUUUGAAAAUUAAAUUCCAAGCGCAUUAUUAUGCAGUUAGCUUACAACUGUCGUACUAAAAUGUAGUGUUUGUUGGUAAAUCAUUUAAUAGCGGACGGCUCACUACACAUUUUCGGUGCCAUCAUCCCUUUAGCACCCUCUUAAAAAUAAAUUAUGCAUUCUGAAUUAUGUAAUGCAAUUACAAUUAAACAACCAGACAUGAUUAGAAAUUAUUAAUAUUAUUAAUUAGUGAAUAAUUAAUAUCAAAUGAACGAUGACUUAAAACACCUAUGGGUUUGACUUAAGAUAAAAGGACACUCUGAAGGCUUUCACACACACAUUGUGCUUUAAGCUGGUGGACGGAAAGUUUCCACCUUUCAAUUCAGAGUAGUAUUUUGAAUAAUCAAAAAUUUUGCUUAGAAAGUAACGAAAUUUAGUUAUGACUCCAAGCGUAGUUCCGAUUUCGGGUCUCUCGGUGUUUCACUUUCACGACGUCACCUGGCGAUAUGUCGGCCAAAUGCCGCCAAAGAAGAAAUUACAUCGUUACUCGUAUUAUCUGUUUUCACUACUUUUGAAUAUAAUCAUAACGGUUGGCUAUCCCACGCAUCUGAUGAUUGGCCUGAUCAAAAGUGACAGCAAAGCGGAUGUGUUUAAGAAUAUGACUAUCAACUUGACAUGCCUGGCAAGUAGCAUCAAGACCGUCGCAAUUUGGUGGCGUCUAGCGGAGGUACAAAAGAUAUAUGCCAUCAUCUCGAAGCUCGAUAAACACAUAACACAGCCUGCUGAUUGCCAAUUGUACAAAAUGGUCGCAGUGCGUCGCGCUCAGCGUUUGCUCUACUUUAUACUCUUCAUAGCACUCGGCGCUACGAUUUCAUCGGAAGUUGCCACCAUAAUUGGUGGUUUUCUGGGCGAUUGGCGUCUCAUGUAUCCGGCAUAUUUUCCCUUCGAUGUAGAGCGUAGCGUCUGGGGUUACGCAAUCGCGCAUCUGUACCAGUGUAUUGGUGUAACUGUGCAGAUCUUCCAAAAUCUCAUCAAUGAUACGUUUCCACCCAUGGCACUGGCGAUGUUGGCUGGCCACGUACGUUUGUUGAAUGUGCGUGUGGCACGUGUGGGGCACGAUGCGCGCGUGCGCCGACAAGUGUCCAAUGCUCAGUUCUUGCUGUGCGUGGAGGACUACAAAGAUUUGCUAGAGUUUCGUGUUGCAAUUCAACGCAUCUGCUCUCUUGGCACUUUUGUGCAAAUUCUGGUUACCGCCAUCAAUAUGGGUGUGGUCAUUGUCUAUUUAAUCUUCUAUGUCGACGGCAUAUUUGCAUAUAUCUACUAUAUAGUAUUCUUGAUUGCAAUGCCAAUGGAGGUGUUUCCGCUGUGCUACUAUGGCACUUGCAUGCAGUUGGAGUUCGAGCAGCUGACCUACGCCAUAUUUUCCUGCAACUGGAUGGAUCAGAGUGUAGCGUUCAAGAAGAAUCUACUUAUUUUCGCGGAGCAAUCGUUGCGUGAGCAAAUCGUCAUUGCCGGUGGCAUGUUUGCUGUUAAUUUAGGUACUUUCUUUGCGACUUUGAAGUUUGCAUACUCCCUCUUCACGCUCGUCAUACAGAUGAAAUAGAG